CCACCGAGAGCUUUUGGGUGUUGUGUGCGUGAAAAUUGUAAUCAAAUUUCCCUCGGCGGAUGCCGGAAAUGGGUGAAUAUCCUAAUUUAUGAUGAGCCCAAUUAAGCGCAAAUAAAAAAAAUAUUCUAUGUAUACGUGCCCAACAGUACAUAAAAUGUAAGAAGUGGAUCAUAUAUGGCAGUAAUAUUCGCGAGAUAAUAACACAACUUAAAGUUUAAAUUUUGAAAAUCAUUCGGAAUGACCGCACCUAUGGAAAGAAUUCAGGUUCUUGAUUCCAUCGAAAAGGAUAUCAUAACGUGUUUGAAUAGCGCAGGACAAGUUUUUUUGGAGUUAAGUAAAGAAAAAUCGAGUUUAAAACAAGCAGAAAAUCACACGCAGACUUUUCUGAAGACGUUAGGCUCUGUAGAAAACAAAUUAACCGAUCAAAUUAAUUAUUUGACUCAAGUUUCAACUGGGCAGCCUCAUGAAGGGUCAGGUUAUGCUUCCCAGAAAGUUCUGCAAAUGGCCUGGCAUAGACUGGAACAUGCAAGAUCGCGGGUUAAUGAGCUAGAAAAAAUUAAACUUAAACACCUGCAAGGUCGGACAGCACAACCCCAACGUAUACUUACCACACAAGGCAUGGGAGGUCAAACAGGCACACUAACUUCAAUGAGCGUACCUCAAGGGUCUUCUACGUGACAGUUGACUGAUGUUUAUAGAGAACUAUUACUUCGCAUGUUGGAAUAUCAAAUUUGCCAUGACAGUGUUAAGCAUAAUUGAAAAAUAAUAUGCCUACCUCAAAUUCAAGAAUUUAUAGUCUUGUAAGUAAUUUGUGAGUUUGCAUGUUUUCUAUUACUUAAUUUUUUCAUAAACUAUGUGCCAGAAAGUAGGUACUAUAAGAGUGUAUUAUAUUUUCUAUACAAUGACAUGAAGCAAUGAUUAAAGCACUUAAAGUAUGUAUGCGUUUUGAAUAUUGAAACAAGCUGAUUUCAUUUUAUAAAUUUGUUUUAUGAGCUGUUCCACCUGAACAACUUUUGUGGAGGUAAAGAUUUGAGCAGUUUUAUGUUUUGCAUUGUGUGAUGUGUAAGACAAAAAAUAAACUAAGCAUCAAUACAGAAGGAGUGUAAUAUAAUAGUAUAGGAAUGCUCCAAUUUUCCUUUAUUGUAACACGGAAUAUUAACCAAAGACCAAGAGGGACACUCUGUUUCUGAAGUUCAAUAAAAUAGUUCGAAACCAAUCUCAAUCCCAGUUGUACAUAGUUCAUUUAAUUUACAUUUCAUUAGCUCUCAGAGGAAAGUUAAAAUAAAUUAUCUAUAUUAUUAAUCAAUUAUUCAAUCAAAUUAAUGUUUCCCUGAAGAUGUUGAUUUAUAAAUAAGCGAGAAGGGCUAGGAUGUAUUGAGCCAGAGCAAAUUAUCUGCGCCUGUGCAAUUAUGGAAUUCUAUAACAACUUGAUAAAUCCAUAUUUUUAUUGCCCAUCCACUGGUGAUCUUUGUUAUUUUUUUUAAUGGAAAAAAUAUAGCAAAAAAAACUUCACUUUCACUUUCUUGCUUAAUAAGAGUAAUAACUGAAAUGAACUGAACAUAUGCUAGGCAGAUGGGAUGUGAUAACCAAAACUUACAAUGAAAAUCAGGGGAUG